AUGGAGUUCAUAUCUUCGCGCUCUCUUCUCUCCGCCGUAUUCUUGCUUGUUGGCCUUUACGUCGCUUUUGGAAACAAAUUACCUCAGCUCAACCAAGAAAGUCCUCGGGCUGCUAGCCAAUAUGUGUUGCCAAACUCAAAAAUAACCCCCAAGAUCCUCAUUGUCAGCUUGUUCUCUGCGGAAGCCGAUGUGUGGUAUGAACACCUCCCUGGAACCCAAUUUGGAGACUUGCAGGCCCAGGCCAUCUCCGUCCCCGGCUUGAGCCCUCAAUACCCCUCGGUAUAUUGUACCGCGGACGGGGGCAUCUGCCAGAUCACAACUGGCAUGUCAGAGAUAAACGCCGCAGCCACCAUCACCUCGGUCAUUCUGUCCGGAAAAUUCGAUUUCCGGAAGACAUAUUUUCUUAUCGCGGGCAUAGCUGGAGUAAACCCAAAGCAGGGAACACUUGGCAGCGUUGCUCUUUCGCAAUUCGCAGUCCAGGUUGCCCUGCAGUAUGAAAUUGAUCCCAGAGAAGUACCGUCACAUUGGGAGACUGGCUACUUCUCCUUUGGAACCGAAGGCCCUGCUGCGUAUCCGACCGAGUUCUACGGAACAGAGGUCUUUGAGCUAAAUGGGGCACUCCGAGACUUGGCGGCUGGCUUCGCCUCACUUGCGACAUUGAAUGACACUGAUAACGCGAAGAACUACCGCUCCAAGUUCGGUUCAGCAGGUGAAGCGUACUAUCCUGCCACACUGCCACCGUCAGUGCUCAAAUGCGACGUGACCACCAGUGAUGUCUUCUUUUCGGGUUAUCGCCUCGGCGAGACUUUUGAGAAAGUAGUUAGCACUUGGACAAGUGGUCUCGGCAAGUAUUGCAUGUCGGCUAUGGAGGAUAAUGCCGUCCUCGAGGUACUAGUUCGUUUCCACGUCUCCAACUUGGUGGAUUACAACAGGGCAAUUCUCCUCCGCACAGGGUCCAACUUCGAUCGUGCACCGCCUGGGGUGGAUGCUGUCACCCAUCUACGGGGCGAGCAUCUGAAUAGUAUACAGAAUGCUAGGGCAAACAUAUAUCUAGCGGGAAUAGAAAUCGUCAAGGGCAUACUCGGGGGGUGGGAUGCCGUGUUUAUUCAAGGCGUUCCAUCUAGUAACUACGUGGGUGACAUCUGGGGCACACUGGGCGGAUUCCCUGAUUUCCGGCCUAGCGAUGGUUUGAAAGUGAUAGGCUGA